AUGACUACCGAACUGCUUGGCCAGGCAACUUUGGCUGCACACUACAAACGACGCUUAAGACUUGAUGAUAACGUCACCAAAAAAGGUGUCGUUUACGAGUUGGAGCAAUUGAUUCAUGGACGACCGGAAAUUCAUGUCUAUAAUGGAUUAAAGCGGAGAUUUUUAGGGUGA